UUUGUUGAGUUGCUGGGCCAGUCGUCUGACGGCGUCGUCGACCUCAAUCAGGCUGCAGAGGUUCUCAAGGUGCAGAAGCGACGCCUCUAUGACAUCACCAACGUGCUGGAGGGGGUGCACCUCAUCAAGAAGAAGUCUAAGAAUAACAUACAGUGGAUGGGCUGUAACCUGUCGGAGGAUGGGGUUACGUUGACCAGCAGCCAGAGUCUGAGCAGUGAGCUGUCUGACCUGGGUCAGGAGGAGAGGAGACUGGACGAGCUGAUCCAGAGCUGUACCCUGGACGUCCAACAGAUGACAGAGGCCUCGCACAGCCACAAGUUUGCCUAUGUGACAUACCAAGACAUCCGUCAUCUGCGUCACCUGAAGGACCAGACCGUCAUCGUGGUGAAAGCUCCCUCUGAGACCAAGUUGGAGGUGCCAGACCCACAGGAGGGCCUGUCUGUCCUCCUCACCAGCACCAAGGGGCCUAUCGAGGUGUUCCUCUGUCCGGAGGAGAACGCCAGUAGUCCUGUGAAGAACGGCGGCCCGGAUGUCCAAGGAAACUCCUCCCCUUUCCUCAAAGUGUCAGCAGAGAGUGCAACAGGCGGCGGCGGUAACGACUACGUCGCUCCAGCUCCGUCUGCGGUGAUGGUGACCAACCUGUCCCCCAUCACCUCCCCUUUCACCAGCCUGCUGCUGCAAACGGAGGACCAGAUCCCCUCCUCCCUGUCUGGGCUCCUGGAGGGCCACGGGGCCGGUCCCUUCGUCAACCUGUCCCCUCCUCUCCUCAACGAGGACUACAUGCUGAGCUUAGAGGAUGACGAGGGAAUCAGCGAUCUGUUCGACACAUACGACUUUGACAAGCUUCCCCUGGAAGAACUCAUGUGUCCCUCUAUGUAAGAGGGAGGGGUGGAAGACAAGGAUGUGUCUCCCCCCCCCCCCC